GUUGUUGAUUCGGAAUGGAUUGUUUCGUGGUGUAGUCGUCGUCAGUGUUCAGUGUAGCUUGAGGCCAGAAAGGCACAUCUGAACGACGGAUGGCCCGUGCACUUCAGAUGGGAUGGAUAAAAGCGGGUUGCUCGUCUCGCCAAGCAAAUUUAGGCUCAGCCAAUCCAGGGCGGGCAAGGAGACAGGGAUGGAGCUCUCAUAAGCGAAUCGGCGGUUCGGCGUCUACGGACAGCGGCCAUCUGUGGUUUGUACGAGGAAGUACGAUGAUUGGAUUGGUUGAUCGAUUGAUGAUGCAACGGGAAGGGAGAGCUUCCCCCGCCAUCUGCAUCGUUCUCCGUUCUCGUUUCUUAUACUCCGCGUUGUCCUUCUACUUACUUACUUUGUUCGUUCUAGAACGCGAAAGCAAUCAAAUCAUCUCUCGAUUCCUCCGUACUUCCAUCUCGUACUUCGUCCGCCGUCACAGUACUUGAAUUCCUUCUAUCCAUCCAUUCUUUACAACCCACUCUAACCCAUCACAUCUCAAGCAACAAUGGUAAGCGCGUCU